AUGGUAAAACAAUGGAUUGACUUCAGUACUUCACUAACACUUGAGUAUCAUGUUCGAUAUCGGAGCAUGAUGGCCACACAACCUCACCUUCCAGAAAUUUCCGACGAGUACAUUAUUCUGUUCCUCCACGCAUGUUACUACUCGCAAGAUAAAACGAAAAGUGCCAUCGAAAACUACUUCUCUAUCAGAUCAUCAAAUCCUGCUAUCUUCUCAGACAGAGACGCGUACUCUGCCAGAGUCCAGAAUCUCCUUAGCCUUGGGUAA